AUGUCAUCACAGGCACAAAGCCUCCUUCCCAUGAGGUCAUCACAGAGGAAGAGGCCAGCCCGUGAGGUCCUCGCUGGAGGCCAUGUCCAUGUUCUAUGGUGUCCUCAGAGGCUUCCUUCUUGUGGUGUAAUAACAGAGAUGAUGCCUUGUUCCAUGACAUUCGAUCCUGUGGUGUCACUGCAGAGACAAUCUCACCUGGAUGAUGUCACCUCUAACUCCAAGGCCUCUUUUGGCAUCAUCGCCAUGGGGAAGAUAUUUUCUCCCUGUGUCUUUGCAGCAGAGAAGAUGCCUCUGUCCUAUGAUGUCAUCAUUACAGACAAAGCCAUCUUCCUGGGACACGUCGCAGGGGAAAAUGCCUCACCAAUUGUGUCCUCACUAGACCUAAGGUCUCCUUUUCACCACAUCAUCACAGGGACCCUGCCUCCUUCCUGUGAUGCCAUCACCAGAGAAGGUGCCUUGCCCUAUGACGUCAUCAGAGGGACCGUGCCUCUUCCUGUGAUGUCAUCACCAGAGAUGACCACCCACUCUGGGACCUCUCCAGGAGGAGGCCCCUUCUGCACUCUCGCCCAGAGGCUAUGUGCUCUGAGAUGGCACGAGGAGAGGCCUCCAUUGCUGCCACCAUGUUGUAGAAGGCAGGGCAGGCCCAGAGUCCAGGACAACCCCAGGGAAGAUGCCAGAGAGCAGAGAGGAGCCCUGUCCUGA